AUGAUUUUAGUCAUCCCUCUCAUUGCUCUGCUGGCUGCAUUGGCGGCAGCCUCUGAAUCUCAGACAGGCUGCAAAGCAAGUGAGCCACCUGUUUCAAUUGGCACGCGGCAUAAAACCACGCUUUCGCCUUCGAAUAGGACUUACACAUAUUUUCUUCCGGAAAAGUACGAUCAGAAAAAGGCCAACCCCCUGAUUAUCUCCUUUCAUGGCGCAUCCCGAACAUCGGACUGGCAGGCGAACCUAGAUCUUCUGACAGAUCCCUUCUUCAACAAAGAUCAUGUUGUCGUAUAUCCACAGGCAUUGCAGUACGGUGAUAGCAGCCAAUAUAUUUAUUGGCAAGGUGCGCCCAACGCGACAGCCGACGACGUAAGCUAUGUCAACGAUGUCCUGGGCGACGUUGAAUCCGAACUUUGUAUCGACAAAUCCCGUAUUUAUGCGACGGGCAAAUCACAAGGCGGUGGCAUGGUUGGGAUCCUUGCCUGCGACGCCGAGCUUUCGCGACGUAUCGCAGCUUUCGCGCCCGUGUCUGGGGCGUUUUAUACAACCGGCUCAGAGUCGGACCUGGUGUCUUGUGCAGACCCCCGGACCCUCGCCAUCACGUGCAACCCGGGGCGCGAAGACAUUCCGGUGCUUGAUUUCCACGGUGGGAACGAUACUACAAUAUCCAUCGACGGGGGCUCUCGCAAUGGUGGGUGUCUGCCAGAUAUACGACAUUGGGUCGAUGAUUGGGUGGAAAGAAACAACCUGACGGUGGCAUCGUCUGAGACGGAGAAGCUGAAUGGUAGCGCCGAGAUAUAUCGGUAUGGCAAGGGAAGCGAGAAAGGACUGGUGACUUUUGUCUAUGACGGCGACCACGUGAAUCACGACUGGCCGGCUACAGUCAACAACUCCGACAGUUGGACACAUGGGAGCGGCCCGGCUACUUUCAAUGCGAGUAGCAUCAUCAUGGAAUACUUUGCCAGAUAUACGUUGCCGCAGGAAGACAAUGAUACCUCCACGGGCGUAGUGACGCUGCCUUUCACCAUCCAAACAAGUACGGCAAGUGGUUCGGCGACGGACUCGGGUACGGUUGGGACGACAAGUACCAGUGUCGCAACAAAUACAGUGACAACAGGCUCCAGCACUACAGGAGCUAGCUCUUCAAGCACAUUGACCAGUGCUGCAAUCGCAGUUACGCUGUCACGCGGUAAUGAUUUGACCAUAACCAUUUGCCUUGGUCUUUCCUUGAUUUGGGGAGUGUUUGUAGCUUGA